UUGCAAUGCAACCCACAGCGUAAAAAUAUCGCACACUGACUUCGAAAUCACGCUUGCUCGGCAAUCGUAUAUCUUACAGUAAUUCGCUUGUUAAGAUUUCGUGUAAUGAACCGACAGUUUGUUUGGGAAAUUAAUACAAUAUCUUCAGUUCACAAUUUUUACGAAUGGUUGUCCAUGAAUGCGCGUGGGAGUUGUCAGAGAUUACGUUAUCAAUAAUGGACUGAAUUUGCGUAUUAUUUUGUACGAUCCCGGCGUGAAUCUGCAUAGGAUGUAGCUAUGCAUUGUGUAACUUUCUGUCAUGACGAUUGAUAAAAAGCGGUAGUUCUACGUGUGUGGCGUUUUAUUAUUCAACUGGACUUGCGAAUUGUACAGCCCAAUUAAUAUUUAAUGUGAUUGAUCCCUUUAAAAGCUGAGUCGAACUGGUCACAUCUGAUCAACCAUUAUUUGCUUACAUUUCCGUGGAUUUUGCUCAUGUUACCGUACCAUGUCUUCACGGACUAACCUCAAACUUCAGCUCCAGAGAGAGCAAGCUCAACGUGACGAUGACCGGAAGGGAAAUGGUGUGCCAUACUCUUCGUCCACCGGCAGUUUAUCCAGCUCCGAUGGUAUGGUCGGUGGUCACCCUUAUUCUCCUGCUCAACACCGGGGUUCGCCCCUCCUGCGGAAUCCCAACAACAGCCCCUCCUUGUCAAUGUCCUCAACCGUGCCCUCUUCGUCGGAAUUCCAACAGCAUUACAGCAUGAGUCUACAAAGUCGGCUGGAGCACCCUAACCGGUUCUUCGGCGAUGAUAAGCCCAAGCAACUGAAAACCUAUGUAUCUAAUUCUAUGGGACGGGCUAGUCCUCUGACACUAGGAAAUUCACUGCCCAAUCAGUUGUCCAUGGGUACUCUACGGCAGCAUUCGUUGAAUAAUACCGCCAGUCCUCUUACGCCUGACAGUCCCAUGACGCCACGGUCUGUGGGGACGCCGCAUUCGCCGGCUAUUACAGAUGUUUCUGAGAUGGACGAACUUAUUGAGGAUAUCAUGGAGCUCGAAGCAAAGUCCGGUGGCAAACCGUCACGCAACAGCACUCGCUCCCUGACACCUAAAGAGCAACUGGCUAAGGCUAUGAAGUCAACAUCACCGUUACCGGCAAAUUUGACCGGAAACACGGAUUAUCUGCGCAUGUUGGAUCCUGUUACUGGUAAAUUAAUGCCUACCGUCUCCUCGUCGUGCCCGGCUAAUCUGCUGACGGCUUCAGUCAAAAGUGAACCGUUAACGGAAGAUGAUAUGAAAACUAUUAACAAAGACCGCCAGAAGAAAGACAACCACAAUAUCAUUGAGCGGAAACGAAGGGAUAACAUUAACAAUUUGAUCAAGGAGCUCAGGACCAUGUUGCCACAUUCUAGUGACCCUGAUUUCCCUAGGAGCAAGGGUUCCACCCUGAAGGCCACCGUGGAUUACCUGAAGGAACUAAAAAAAGAUCGAGAUCGCUUAAAAGUUGUAGAGGAACGCCAAAAAGCAUAUGAACUGCAGAACCGGAAGUUAGCUAUGAAAGUUCAAGAACUGGAAAGACUGAUUGAGGCGCAUGGUAUUCAGUUACCACUGAACAGCGUGGAUAUGACUGGUAUGGCCAGUUUGGCGCCCCACCUGAGUGCUCUCAUUACCGGCAAAGGUUCCCCUCAGCCUGACUCGUACCCCGGUACACCCACUCAUCAGCAGCCGCAAGCGACCCCUAAUGCAGCAGCACACCAUUUUCCGUCCCAAAACCAGUAUGUGCAGAUUAAGCAGGAGCCCGCCCAAUCUCCCAUCCCCCAAGUCUUUCCUCAAUACAUGAGUAUGUCGUUGCCGGAGGAGUUUGUGGGAGUUAACUUCAGUGUAACGGAACUAGCCAACAUGAUGGAUACCACGGAAAUGGACCCGAUGGUCUCGUCACUGACCAAUCCUUUCGAGAAUUUUAAUAUGUCAGAAGCACAGCAUUUGGAUAUGGAUUUUCUCACGUAAACACGUACCCGAAGUAUUAUAUCCAAAUGGAUAUAUUUAUAUCGUCGUGAUUUGUGAGUGUGCGUAUUCUGAUUGGUGCUAGUCGAUUGGUUGCCGAUGGGGAAAAAGAUUCAGGAAAUGGGGAAUUUAGGUAAAAAAGAUUUUACGUUUCUUCUUUGUUUUGAUACGCUGGUUGGCAUUCCACCCGCUAGUCCGACACUCUCUGUUUUGUUUGGGCAUAUGUAACGGGAAUAUUGCUUUAACUUUUUAUUCUUUUCAUUCACUGGAUUGAAGUGUUCUGUGUGUCAAGAUUUAUAGGCCCACAAAGAACCCGGUUUCUUGAAUUUCGCGGCUGAUUUGUGGUUUUGCGUGCUGGGUUUUCUUGUAAUUUACAAUUGAGCAUUUCUUUUCAGUUUUUUUUCUUUUAAUUUGAACAUUAUUUGUAUUGAUUGCUUGUACGAUAAUGGCUGCAUCUGUACGUGGUACAGAUUGUCUGUGCGAGGAAGGAUUUGUUGAUUUUUACUUUGAUAUACCAGAUUGUUGCCAGAGUGUUUUAAUUGCGAUACAUAUUCUGAAAGUUUUGUAGAGCUUAUAUUUUUUCGCGCCGGAAAAAUCACUUCUGCCAAAGAGUGUGAAUAAAUUUUGGCAUAAAUGUUC